AUGAUCAACGCAGUACCAGUCGAUCCAAAUGGCGAUGUUUCAAACGUGAAGAAAAAUGAUGAUUUGUCUGAUACUGUGCAUUCAGGUAUAAACGAACAGCAUUCUAGCGAAAAGCCGGUAGGCGAACGGUCUGCAUCUUCAAAUUCUAAGCUAUCGAGAAGUCAGAGAAGGCAAAUAAAGAAGCAGCAGAAGAAAAUAGAGAAGCAAAAAAAGAAGAAAGACCUGCUACUCAAGAAAAGAAAGAAAAUGGAGGAAGAUUUGCGUAAAGAAGAAGAGAAGCGACGUAGAAAGAAACUUAGAGAGGAAGAAAAGCUACGUAAAAAGCGACAGGAGUUGGAAGAGAAGCAGCGCAAAAAGGAGAAUGUCGAUCCAAAUGGCAAUCUUUCAGGCUUGCAAGGUGGUAAUCCAUUUGGUGCUGUGAUUCCAAGUAUGGGCGGACAACAUCCUAAUCAAAAUCCGAUGGGAGGCCAGUCUGGAUCUGGACCAUCGAAAGAAGAUCGAAAAAGGCAAAAAAAGGAAGAGAAGAGGCGUAGGAAGGAAGAGAGGAAGCGUAGGAAGGAAGAGAGGAAACACAGUGGGGAUAGAAGACAGCAUAAUAAUGUACAAGGAUGA